CUUCAUAUAAAGUUCCGCAUUUAGAAAACCUCCCAUAGUUAUUCCCUAGAUUCCGUUGAGGUAACACAUCAUAAGCCCAGGUAUCAAGAACGAUACCUUAAACAACAAAAAAGAAAAGGCUUAAAAUUUUAUUUAGUCAAAAAUUAAACAAACAAAAUGUCACACCACCGUUGGGUUGCUUCGUCAGCAGACUCGCCAAUUCCACCUUUCGCCGUUCUUGGAGGACAGGACUCUGAUGGGGCGCCAAUUUACGUCGGCCGUUCAUACCACGAAGGUGACACGCUGCCAGCCAAAGUAGUUCCCAACAAGCACUGCGCCUACGUCAGCUGGGGAGGUCGUGAGAUCGUUAAGAGCGAAUUCGAAGUUCUAGUUGGCGAGAAUUACAGAUUUGUCAACUGCCCCACUCACACAAUACCCGUGGAUGCUGUCCGAGCUGGCAACACUGUUGACGGUGAACCACUUUACAUUGGACGUUGUAGCUUUGAGGGCAGCGAGACCGUGGGUAAGAUUCAUCCCACCCAUCGUUGUUUGUACAUUCCGUACGGAGGCGAGGAACAUCGCAUGGAUUGCUAUGAGGUCCUAAUAAGUGACCCAGUGCACAUUUGGGUGCCUGGUUCGUUGCACAAUGUUCCACCAAAUGCAGUUAUUGCUGGCCACGACAGUGAUAAGUCGCCAAUCUUUGUUGCCCGGGCCUUCCACGAUGGUGAGAACCUGCCGGCCAAGUUUGUGCCCAAUAUUGGAAGUGUUUACGUAAGCUAUGGUGGCAAGGAUUUAUUUAAGGAUGAAUUCGAGGUGCUGGUUGGUGAUGGAUACACCUGGGUUGGUGGUACACAUUCUGGCGAUAAUAUUCCCAUUGGAGCUGUAUCAACUGGAUGGACACACAAUGGUGAGAAGGUUUACGUGGGACGUGGUUACCAUCAUGGCUCAACGACACCGGGCAAAGUUCAUCCAAGGGAAUACUGCAUUUACAUCCCUUACGGAGGAAAAGAAGUCAAACUUAAGGACUACGAAAUGCUUGUUAAGAGAAAUUAGAUUAUAAAUUAGAAGUUUAAAUAAAUAUAAGACAACAAUAAAACAAUUUUUUUUAAUAA